CUAGCGCAAAACUCCAAUAUGGUUUCAAUCUCAUUGCGACAACAGCUACACCAUAAUUAACUGUUAGCCGACAUAAUUCAAAAUGCCGAAGAAACAAAUGAAGAAGCAGGAUGCCUCGUCGGCUGCUGCUGCGGGCGAUUCACGAUUCGCCAAUUUCGAGUCCGAUCCACGCUUUCUCCUUCCAUCUAAAAAUCGCACCAAAACCACAAUCGACAAACGUUUCUCUCGCAUGCUCAAAGAUGAUGAUUUCAUCGCCAGUGCUAAAGUCGACAAGUACGGUCGGAAGUUAAAAUCAGAUAACAAGAAGAAGGCCCUGCAAAAUAUUUACAAAGCAGAAGACGAGGACGAAGAUGAAGACGACGAAGACGCCAAAGUAGACAAAGAUCAUAUCGUCGAACGGGAGCUUCGAAAAGCCAAUACCAAAUAUGAUCCGGCUCGUGGUGGUGGAUUUUCCUCUUCUGAGUCAGAAGAAGACUCUAAUCUCGAGGACGAGGAAGACGAAGAUGACAAGGAAGCCGAGGUAAAUACAUCUUCGAGCAUGCAAAGACUUCGCGAUGCUCAAGCAGAUGUGGAAACGGGCGAGGUUACGAAGCGCAUAGCUAUUGUCAACCUCGAUUGGGACUACAUCAAAUCGGCAGACUUGAUGGCACUUUUCACCAGUUUCGUACCUAAGGGCGGACGCAUCGAGCGAGUCUCUAUAUACCCAAGCGAAUUUGGCAAGUCACGAAUGCAACAGGAAGAACUGGAAGGGCCCCCCAAAGAAAUCUUCAAGAAAACUUCGGAUUCGCAGGAUGAUGAAUCUGAUCCCGAUUCUGAAGAUGAUGACGAGGACAAGGACGAUGAUGACGAUGACGAUGAGAAAAUCAAAAACGAAAUCCUACAAGAGGGGAAUGAUCAAGAUUUUGACAGCGAUGCGCUUCGAGCUUAUCAGCUGGACAGAUUAAGGUAUUAUUAUGCUGUCAUGGUAUGCUCUGAUACAGCCACAUCAGAAAAGAUCUACCAGGCCACCGAUGGCACAGAAUACCAAUCCUCUUCGAAUUUCAUGGACCUACGAUUCAUACCCGAUGAUGUUACUUUUGACGACGAGCCGAGAGAUGAGUGUGAUUCUAUAUCAUCAGAUUACAAGCCAACCGAAUUCACCACCGACGCUCUACAACACUCCAAGGUCAAACUCACGUGGGACAUUCAUCCUGAAGAAACAUCUAGACAGGAAGAUAUAAAACGAGCCUUUAGUGGUAGCCGCGCAGAAUUAGAAGAGAAUGACCUGCGAGCAUAUCUAGCAAGUGACAGCGACGGCAACGACGACGAAGUCCAAGAGGAAGAAGAAGAGGAAGUUGCCGGAGUAGCAGAUGACCAGCCGAAAUUGACGAAGAAGGAAUUGAAAGCUAAAAAGCUCCGUGAGGCUCUUGGUUUGGGUUCCGAACCAGCAGCUCGACCCUCAAAAUCUAGACCGGUUGGAGAUAUGCAAAUCACUUUCUCGGCCGCAUUGAUGGAUGAUGGCAAGAAGAAGAAGGAGCCAGAGGCUGAAGAGACUACGUUAGAAAAGUAUAAGCGAAAGGAACGAGAGAGAAAAGCUCAGAGGAAGGAGAAGGCGCUGGCCAAACGCGGUGAACCCACUGAGGAAGUGGAUGACCGCGGGUCCGCGGAGUCUGGAAACGAUGAUCUUGGAUUCGACGACCCUUUCUUUACUACCGAUGAACCUGUGAAGAAAUCUAAGCAUUCGGAAAAGAAGGAGGAGCGGCGCAAGCGGCGAGAGGCCAAGGAGGCCAAAGAAGUUGAGGAUGCGGCACAAAAAGCCCAACUACAGAAACUUAUGGCAGAUGACUCCAAGGAAGCUGUUGAGCAUCUUGAUCACUUCGAUAUGAAUGAGAUCACUCGCGCAGAAAAGCUGAAAUCCAAGAUGCAUAAGAAGAAAAAGGGGAAGAAGGAAUUGGCCGACCACGGUGGCCUGCAGCAAGACUUCGAGAUGGAUGUUGAGGAUAAUCGUUUCAAGGCCGUAUUCGAGAGUCAUGAGUUCGCUAUUGACCCCUCGAAUCCGAGGUUUAAAGCUACCCCGGGAAUGAAGCAGCUGAUGGAAGAGAGGCGGAAAAAGAGGAAAAACGAACCUGGUGAACCUGAUGGCCAGGAACGACAAAGUAGUAGCAAGUCUAAGAAGCAGAGGAGAUAGGAUUGUAUUACACUGGAUACCAUAAUGUAGACUCGUCUGUUGGGGUCCUUCACCACCGGUUAAUAAUAAAACUUGAACUGCACUCGGAAGGUAUCCGAUAAUGGCAUGUCUGUGAAAGACUAAACGAACUAAACUAGAUCUUAAGUCUGGCAAGGGACAAUAGGAGCAACUAAUAGCGGCCGAGUACCUAGU